GUUUAUCCACACGUUGGUGUAUAACAAGUCAAAAUGAUUGGUGAAGUAGAAGGGCUGUUUUUGGCAAUUUGUCAGUUGUUUAUAAAUUACACGGCCAUUGUGGCGUCCACGUUAACCUGGUUCAGCAAUCUGCAGCAUUGCAUGUAUUUGUGUUCGGACAUUGAUGUGGAGGCAGCCACUCUGUUGUCUCAAGGCCGACGGAAUCUGCUCGUCGGAGAUCCACCCAGUGCCGUACAGAGUCUUCAGGAGGCUUGCGAGCUACUUGGCGCCAAGUAUGGCGAGCUGGCCAACGAGUGCGGGGAGAGCUAUUACUACUAUGGCUGGGCCCUGCUGGAGAUGGCGCGCAUGGAGACGGGCGUCCUAGGCAACGCCUUGCAAGGAGUGCCAGAGGAGGAGGACACCGAUGGAGAGGCGGAGGGGGACAAAGUAGAAGAGGAAGAAAGGGAGAAAAUCUUCCACGAGGUACAGGAAGCCCUGGAGGACAAGAAGGACGAGCCAAAAGGUGAAGAGAGCGAAACGGACAAGGACAACGCGUCCGAGAAGGAUGACGCUAAAACGGAAUCCGAGAAGGAGGAGCCCGAAGCAGCUAGCGAGGGAGAAAAGGCUGGGGAUAAGCCCUCCCCCGACGAUGAGAAGAAAAAAGAGGAGGGAAUUGAAGAUAAGGGAAAUAAAGAGAAGGAGGGAGCUAAAGAUGGAGACAAGGCUGAGAAGAAGGCGAUGGAGGUCGACGAUGCAGGGAAGACGGAUUCUAAGAAAGACAACGAUGAAGAUGACAAAGCCAAGAAAGAAGGGAAAGACGAAGGGGAGGAGCCUAGUGGUGAUGCCGAAGGGGCGGAGCCUAGUAAGGAUGCCGAAGGGGCAGAGGAGGAUGCAGCGGAGGAGGAUGCGGCAGAGGAAGACGAGGAUGAGGAGGAAGGCGGGGCCAAGGCCGCCGGGGAGGAAACAAAAGAUGAAGACGUGUCCAAUUUCCAGCUGAGCUGGGAGAUGCUAGAACUUGCCAGAAUCAUCUUUUCAAGACAAGAAGGCGAAGAGUUCAAGCUGAAAGUAUCACAAGUCUACCUGAAGCUUGGGGAGUUGGGCCUGGAGACUGGGAACUACCCACAGAGCGUGGAGGACUUCACCCAAUGCUUGACAAGACAGAAGGAUUUGCUCAGCAACGACAGCCGAUUACUGGCCGAAACUUACUACAACUUGGCCUUGGCGUAUUCUUUUGACCAGAAGUUUGACAAAGCUAUUGAGAACUUUGGGCAAUCUACAGUCGUGAUUGACAACAGAAUAGCAACCCUCAGCAAAAAGACAGAGACAGAAAAACCUGCAUCUGAGGAGGACGUGCUGCAAGACCAGAAAGAAAUCAAGGAGCUAAAGGCUCUCAUCCCUGAAAUCAAAGCAAAGAUCGCAGAUGCCAAAGCGGAGAAGACCACAGCGGAGAAUGCGGUCGGACAAGCCAUGCGCUCAGCCGCGGCCGAAUUUGGUCUUGGUUCGUCAUCGUCCGGUGGCUUUGCCUCGAGCUCGUCCGGUGGCUUCGCCUCGAGCAGCGCCUCCGCCCCAGCCCAAACUAUUGCCGUGAGGAAGCCCACCGAUCCAAAGCCAGACGACAUCUCACAUCUUGUGCACAGAAAGCAGAGGAAGCCAGAGGAGGACGCGGAGCAGGAGACGGCCGGGAAGAAGUCUCGUCAGGAGGAAGGGGGCGGGGAUGCGGCCACCGCGAACGGCGUCAACGGGACGAAUGGCGUGGAGCAAACGACCAUGAACGGCGACGCCAAACAGUCGCCAGAGAAACCGGAAAUCAAAGUCAAACAAGUGGAGCAGAAGGCCAAUGGUUCCGCGGAGACUGCUGCCAUGGAAACGUAAAUUCCCACAAUGCAACAGUCUCAAACAGGUUUUUUUGGAUUCGGAAGUUUUUGUACAGUAAUGACUUACACCCCUGACCCUCUUUUCUAGAUACCCACACAGAAAAAAAGAAAUUUAAAAGAAAUAAGUCGGCAAAUUUUCUACAAAUUUAUUGGUUCUUGUUCGGUGUUUUUGUUUUUAUUUAUAUAGGUGUAACUCCCAACUCAGGUAUUCAAAUGUUUUAAAAAUGCAAAUUUUGAUACCUUGACCAAAUUAAAAGUGACACUAGGGUUCUUUGUCUUUUACAUAAACAUCUUUUAUUUUGAAAAUCUCUUACGACGCUAGUUUGUUGAAAUUGUUUCUUUUGAAAACCCCUCAACUGCCUAGAUUUUUUUGUUUUCCCAGAAGUUUUGCCAGACAAAACACGGACAUUUUUUUGUAGGGUAUAGAUAUACAGGCGUAACAUUCCACAAAUACCUAGAAAUUGUCCAAAUCAGCCUAAACAGAUAAAAAUAUAUAAACAAGAUUGUGUAUAAGUUACACCCUAAAUGUGUUUUUGUUUUUGAGAAAUAUGUUUGUGUUUACAACACUUUAAAAUCGUGCUCUAUAGUAUGUUUUUUUGUUAAACUUAAAAAAAUAAAACGUUAUUAAAAUGGGUGGUUGCAUUUGUUUAAGAUGAUCGUUAUGACGGUAUCGAUUUUGCGUGUUAGGAAAAUUUUUGGAAAAAGUGUUCACUUUGUAAUGAAGAGUUUUGUCCCGCGAAAGUUACAAGACUCAGUUUAUUGUUGACUUGGGCCUUCCUUGUUCUCAUGUAAGUUUUGUGUUUUGCAUAUAUACUCAGAUUUAUGUAUUCUAGAGCUUAAGAUGCGACAAAAACUGGUUUUCAACACAUUUUGUAAAAAUUGACAUCCGAUUGUUGGCCUUUGGUUGUGAAAACAGUAAUAAAGUUAGCAUAAUUAUAAUAGUAA